AUGUCUACAAGUGGUAUUCUCAUUGUGUCACUAUAUGUAGAUGACAUUAUCUACACAGGAAGCUCAAAGGAAAUGAUGGCUGAGUUUAAGAAUGAGAUGAUGAGGCAAUAUGAGAUGAUUGACCUAGGAUUGCUUCAUCAUUUCCUUGGUCUUGGAGUUCUACAAACUGAUACUUGCAUCUUCUUACACCAGAAGAAGUAUGCAAAGACUUUGCUUGACAAGUUUGGACUCAAGGAUUGCAAGUUUGUUGCAACACCACUGGCUGUGAAUGAAAAAUUGUCAAAAAUGGAUGGAAGUGAUCUAGCUGAUGAGACUUUGUAUAGGAAAAUGGUGGGGAGUUUGCUCUACCUAACUGCAACCAGACCAGAUAUCAUGUUUGCAGCAAGCCUCUUGGCUAGAUUCAUGCAUAAUCCAACUAAGAAGCACAUGGGAACAACAAAGAGGGUGCUGAGAUACAUUCAAGGUACUAUGAAUUAUGGAAUUGCUUAUGAAAAGGGAAAAGGAGUAGUGCUAAUAGGUUAUUGUGAUAGUGAUUGGAGUGGAACUGAGGAUCACAUGAGAAGCACAUCAGGUUAUGUUUUUAACUUGGGGUCAGGUGUGUUUUCUUGGGCUUCAAUCAAGCAAAGCAGUGUUGCUCUUUCAACUGCAGAGGCUGAGUAUAUUAGUGCAGCAGAAGCUACUGCACAAGCUAUUUGGCUGAGGUUUGUGUUAUCAGAUUUUGGGGAAGAGCAAGUAGAACCAACUCAAUUGCUAUGUGACAACACUUCAGCUAUUGCUAUAUCGAAGAAUCCAGUUCAUCAUCACAAAACCAGACAUAUCAAUCGAAGUGUUGCUCUUUCAACUGCAGAGGCUGAGUAUAUUAGUGCAGCAGAAGCUACUGCACAAGCUAUUUGGCUGAGGUUUGUGUUAUCAGAUUUUGGGGAAGAGCAAGUAGAACCAACUCAAUUGCUAUGUGACAACACUUCAGCUAUUGCUAUAUCGAAGAAUUCAGUUCAUCAUCACAAAACCAGACAUAUCAAUAGAAGGUUUCAUUUAAUUCGAGAUGCACUUCAAGAUGGUGAGAUUGAUCUACUAUAUUGCAAAACUGAAGAGCAACUUGCUAAUAUUUUCAUUAAGCCUUUGGCAAGGGAUCGGUUUGAAUAUCUAAGGAGCAAGCUUGGAGUUAUUUCAGCUAAACACUUAGAAGGGAGUGUUGAAGUAUAA